CGAAGUUUUAACAUUUGGCGUCUGUGUGUCUGUUGAGUGUAAGAGAUUAACCACAGCAACAUUUCAACCGUUUUAUUCCUCAAUUUCGCGGAAGGUGAUUGAUAUCUGGGUGGAAUCAUCUCGAGAAAUUCGAUUGAUCGAUGAAUCCUAGAAGGGAGCCUCGGGGUGGGAGAAGUGCGCUCUUUGAUGGCAUUGAAGAGGGAGGAAUCAGGGCUGCUUCUUACGCCUCUCAUGAAAUCAAUGAGCAUGAGAAUGAGCGUGCCUUGGAAGGUUUACAAGACAGAGUCAUUCUCUUGAAACGACUUUCUGGAGAUAUAAACGAAGAGGUUGAUACUCAUAACCGCAUGCUUGACAGAAUGGGCAAUGAUAUGGAUUCAUCAAGGGGAAUUCUCUCAGGAACCAUGGACCGGUUUAAAACGGUGUUUGAGACAAAAUCAAGCCGAAGAAUGCUGACACUCGUCGCAUCGUUUGUGGGUUUAUUUCUAGUCAUUUACUAUCUUACCCGUUAAAACUGGCUAACCGAAGUAUUUUCUGAACAUCCAUCCGUUGAUCCUAUGAUAUUUUCAUUAUCUAUGUUGCCUCCUGCAUGUGUGAUUUGCCUUCUUAGUGUUAUAGUAUGAUCCAGUGCAUCUUAUUGUAUUUUCAUGUGAUAGAUUAUUACUGUUUUUUACUCCAUUGUGUAAUAGCAACGUUUUAAAAAUU